AUGUCUACGGAGGAGCUUGUCAAGGGCACGCCGCCUGCGCAGGAGUCUGCGCAGGAUGUGUCGGACUUGUUUGGCGGAAUGAAGAAAAAGAGCAGUAAGAAGAAGAAACUCCCGAUGGACUUGGACCUUGAUGCUGUAUGUAUCGUGGCGUUGCGUGACUCACACCAGGCGCUGCAAGACAAAGAAACGCCUGCUCCCCUUGCAGAGGCGGAGCCAGCGAAGGACUCUGUUGUAGCUUUGGAGGAGCCAGAUAAGGAAUCUUCUGUGGCCCCGGAGGAACCUGCUUUGGAUGCCACACCUGCUGAGGGCGACGAAUUUGAUUUUGGCGAGCUCAAGAAGAAGAAGAAGAAGAAAAAGGCGGCUUUUGAUAUAGAGGAGUUCGAGAAAGAACUUGGCGGACAGGUGGACCAGGACAAUGCUGACGAUGAUUUGGACGACCCAUUCGCACCGGAGAAGUCGGACGACACGACCACGGCCAAGACCGAUGAUGUGGAAGCUUGGCUUGGUAGCGACCGAGACUAUACGUACCAAGAGCUUCUUGGUCGUUUUUUCAAGACACUGCGCGUGCAAAACCCGGCACUAUCGGGAGAAAAGAAGAAAUACACCAUGGUGCCGCCCGUCGUUCAGCGCGACGGCUCGAAAAAGACCGUGUUCGCAAACGUGUUGGAAAUUUGCAAACGUAUGCAUCGUCAGCCAGACCACGUCAUCCAGUACCUGUUUACCGAAUUGGGUACCGUUGGCUCUAUUGAUGGAUCGCAACGGCUCGUCAUUCGCGGUCGGUUCCAGCCGAAACAAAUUGAAAAUGUGCUGCGGCGGUAUAUCGUCGAGUACGUAACCUGCAAAACGUGCCGCUCGCCCAACACACUCUUGACAAAAGAAAACCGUAUCUACUUUAUGACAUGUGAGUCUUGCGGUUCUCAGCGCUCGGUCAGCGCAAUCAAGACCGGUUUCCAGGCACAGACCGGGAAGCGUAGCAAGAUGCGCCAGCAAUGA